AUGGUGAAAUUAAAAACAAGUAAGAUAGAAAAAUUGAGACUUUUUUUUGAAGAAGAUUAUAAACCUUCUGAUUUUACAGAAAAAUUUUCCUCAUUUUCUUCAUUAGAGGGAAUACAUGAAAAUUUAUAUAAAAUUGGUUACAUGCUUUAUAAUAAUUUCAAAAAUAGACAUGUAUAUCCAGGGUUAAUUGAUUGCACUGAUAGUGAAUGUGGUAGUUUUAGUAUUAGUGAUACUGAUUACUGUGAGUUAUUGAAUGAAUGGUUAAACAACAAAAAAAAUAAAUAUAUAAUUGAAGGAUCUAAUUGUGAAGAUAACACACAAUUAUGGGAAAAACACAUUGAGGAAUUGUGGGAACAAAUAAAAAUAUAUAUAAAGGAUAUGUUCUUGUGUGAAAGAAAUAAAACUAUAUAUACUUGUUCUAUUUCACCUGAAUUAAAGACUGCUUCACCUGAUUUGAAGACUGCUUCACCUGAUUUGAAGACUGCUUUAUCUGUGGGUUUUACACUUCUGGGAACUUGUCUUAUUAGUUUUUUUUUUUUGUAUAAGUUUAGUCCCCUUGGUACCUGGAUUAACAAUAAUAUAAAUAAAAAGAAAAGAAUAACAAAAAACAUAUUUUCUGAAGAAUCAUCUGGAUCAUUAGAAAGAUCAUCUAAAAAUGGAGAAAUUACUAUAGGUUAUCAUUUUGUAGAAGAUUCGUAA